AACAGCCUUACGUCAUACUUACGCGCCUGGGUCCUACUCUGACCACGUGGUUCACGCAAAGUCAAGCGAGCACCCCGGAGAGCCGGACUGGGGAUGACGGACAGACAGAGCUUGAGCUGCAGGCCCCGCAUCGAUCAGACUGUCUGAAGACUCUUCCUGAAAAUGAACAGUGUGGGCGAAGGCUGCACGGAGCUGAAGCGGGAAUACGACCAGUGCUUCAACCGCUGGUUCGCUGAGAAGUUCCUGAAGGGAGAUCGGAGCGGCGAUCCCUGCACGGAGAUGUUCAAGAAGUACCAGUCCUGUGUUCAGAAAGCCAUCAAAGAAAAGGACAUUCCCAUUGAUGGUGUGGAGUUCAUGGGGCCAAAUAAAGAGAAGCCUGGCAGUUGAUGGGAUCUGAAAGGAGCUGAAGGGAGCAGUCAUUGUCUCUGAUAUUCUCUACUGCCUGAUUGUCAGGGAUAUUCUCCUGACUUGGACUGGUGACGCUGGCAUCAUCAGGAAGAGCUAGAUAUGAAGACUUGUUUUGAGUACGGGGAAAAACUGAGUGGUUGGGUAACGUGUCAUAGAAACUUGUUACUAAUUUGAUAUUUUAAGCAUGAUCAGUAAAAACACUAUCAAGGUGUUCAUGGUUUGCUCAAUUAGUAACGGUCAUUGCUUUUGGACAUGUAGGCAAUGUGUACCUGAUGGAUGUUGUGAAUUCUUGUAAUGAAUGUUUGAAUAAUUGAAUAACUGGAAUAAUGUGAAGAUAUUAACCCGC